AGAAGAAGCUUUCUUGUCCAACCUGCCAACCUCUCCUUAGAUAUCUCAGUGGAAAAGUGGCUGGAGACAUCGCCAAUCAUUCUCUCAUCAACUCACCAUGUUCUUUCUUUCAGACCCCCAUCCCCUUGGUUUCGCAGCCAUGGCAGCAGCUCUGAUCCUGCUUGCUGUUGCCUUUGCCUUCGGAGUCCUGAUUGUCUGGAGAUCACUUGGAAAGGCCACUAGGAAGAAGAAAAGGUAUCCCCCAGUCGCUGGAACCAUCUUCCAUCACUUCCUUAACUUUGGUCGGCUCCAUGACUACUCCACAAGCCUCGCUCGCAAGCACAAGACCUACAGGCUGCUCUCCCCUUUCUGUAGUGAGGUCUACACUGCUGAUCCGGCUAAUGUGGAGUUCAUCCUCAAAACCAACUUCUCUAACUAUGGGAAGGGACAAUAUAACUACAACAAUAUGAAGGAUCUCCUUGGUGAUGGAAUAUUUGCAGUCGAUGGUGAGAAAUGGUACCACCAAAGAAAAGUAGCCAGUGUUGAAUUCUCCAAGUCGGUGUUGAGAGAUUACAGUAAUGCGGUCUUUAUCUCCAAUGCAACUAAGCUUGCUUCAGUCAUUUCAGAGGCUGUAAGAUCAAGCAAGAUAGUGGAUAUUCAAGACCUAUUCAUGAAGUCAACAAUGGAUUCAAUCUUCCAGGUGGCCUUUGGAGUGGAAAUAGACAGCUUGUGUGGAUCUAAUGAAGAAGGGAGCAAAUUUGCUGAGGCAUUUGAUGACUCAAGUGCCUUAACCACAUGGCGUUAUGUUGAUAUCUCUUGGAAAAUUAAGAAGCUCUUAAACAUUGGGUCUGAAGCAGUGCUAAACAAAAGAAUUCAAGUGGUUGAUGACUUUGUGUACAAAGUGAUAGACAACAAGAUAAAGCAACAUGAUUUGGUAAGACUGUCGAAGAAGGAAGACUUCCUCUCUAGAUUUCUAGUUGAGAGUCAGCAGGAUCCAGAAAAAAUCACACACAAGUACUUGAGAGACAUCAUCCUGAACUUCAUGGUUGCAGGAAAAGAUACAACAGCAGUCACUCUUUCAUGGCUCUUCUAUAUGCUCUGCAAGCAUCCUUCUGUCGAAGAAAAGAUAGUUGAAGAAUUGAUCCUUGCGACUAAAGAGAUUGGAAAUGAUGCAUCCAUAGGAGAAUUUGCAGCAAGUUUAACUGAAGAAACCAUUGACAAGAUGCAGUAUCUCCAUGCAACACUGUCAGAGACUUUAAGGCUGUAUCCUGCAGUUCCCCUGAAUCCCAAGAUUUGUUUCGCGGAUGAUACUUUGCCAGAUGGGCAUGAUGUGAAGAAGGGGGAUAUGGUGGUUUAUAUGCCUUAUGUUAUGGGCCGAAUGAAAUUCAUAUGGGGCGAUGAUGCAGAAGACUUUCGGCCAGAGAGGUGGCUUAACAGUGAUGGAGUAUUCUCUCCUGAAAGCCCAUUUAAGUUUACCGCGUUCCAGGCUGGUCCACGUAUAUGCUUGGGAAAGGAAUUAGCUUACCGGCAAAUGAAGAUCUUCGCCGCAUUGCUUUUGAGUUUUUUCAGAUUUAAGCUGAGUAAUGAGAGACAACCUGUUAACUACAGGACCAUGCUAACACUUCAAAUUGACAAGGGUCUUCAUCUCUAUGCAUUCCACAGAUGAGACUAGAAUUCUGAGUUUUCAGUGCUACAUUUACCUGAGCUGGCUUGGUAACUUCAUGCCACAAAUGUAAAGAACCAGCAAUCUGAUUCUCCAGUUAACACCAUUUCAUAAUGAAUACUAAAAAGAACUCUGUAUUCAUCAAGAAGGGCAUGCUUCUUCUUUUUUUUUAAUUCUAAAAAGAAAAUCUUUAUUUUAUGCUCUGAAGAAAGCCGUUCAAGAUUUGUCAUGUUAACAGUCAGUCGUAAAAUUUUGUUUUCAGACAUGCAGUGUACAUGGCUAAUUUUGAAUGAAGAGCAUUUGGUGGGUAGUUACAA